UUCACGUGAUGUCCUCAAAGGCCGUUCUCUGCCCUGAACGCAGCGCCGUUUUGCGUCGCUGCAACCGAUUCCUAUUUUCUGGAUUUCAAUUCAUACAAUGCUUUGGUGACUAGAGACCCUCUCAUUUUUCAGAACCCCCCUAAAGGCUUAGGUUUGAGGCUGCAGCGGUAAAUGCGUUCUGGGACUUGGACCAUAAUCUACAUGUGAACGUCAUGUCCCGGUUAAAUGAUACGACCCUUGAACACGAAACAUGAGCAAACGACAAAUUCCACGUAUAACACUGAGUCAAGCGAAUUGACCACCCCAAGGAGAAAGCAUCUGACCUGUAGUCAUGACGGCCCGACAGGUCCUCCACCACGUCACCGUGACUAUCAGCAAUCACAUUUUAUUCAAAAGCCACAGCAAGGCCUGAAGCGGCGCAGCCACCCUGAAAACCAUGGCGAAGACCAAUCUACGAAGAAACAAUGCAUCACUCAAAGUGACGACAAUGCUGACGAGGAGUGCGAUAAUUGGUCCGUUGCUGCCUCGGUUGGUGAUGAUCCUGGCUCCGCAGAUGAUCUUCCAGAGCUCGCCCAAACAGAAAUUCAGCGCCAAACGUCUGGUAACGGGCAACUACCCAAGAAUGAGGAUUACACAAAUACAACAUCUGGUGGAAGUGGAAUUGCAUCAAAAGGGGGGCAGGAAGCCUAAAGGGC